AUGCAGGGAGGGUGUGCUGACAGUGGAGUGGGGCAUGUGCACAGGUUGGCGGAGCAGGAUGCUGCAGCCACCAGCGGCAGGGAAGCAGCAGAAGAGGAUCUCAGUAAAUCGACUGCCAGGUCGCCCUACCAAGCUCCUGGCGGCAGGUGGAGCAACUUCAGGACAUACUCUGUCUGGCAGCGGACCUUCAUGAUCUGGGGCUUUGCGAUAAAAUUCUUCUUCAAAUUGUGGCUCGUCGGGCGAAAAUUCUCAUAUGGAAAAGCGGGCAUGACAGAGGCGCGGGUGUCGGAGCGGAGGCGAAAUCUGGCGGCGUGGCUGCGCGAGGGGCUAAUCAAGCUGGGCCCUACCUUCAUCAAGAUCGGGCAGCAGUUCUCCACGCGCGUGGACGUCCUCUCGCCAGAGUUUGUCAAGGAGCUGGAAAUGCUGCAGGACAACGUGCCCGCCUUCUCCUCGGAGGCGGCUGUCGCCACCGUCGAGCGCGGCCUGGGAAAACCCAUCCUCGAGGUCUUUCAGGAGUUUCAGCUGGAGCCCAUCGCUGCCGCCAGUCUGGGGCAGGUGCACCUGGCGCGCGUGGACGGCGAGCGAGUGGUGGUCAAGGUGCAGCGGCCCUACCUCAAGGAGAUCUUUGACGUGGAUCUCAAGAACAUCCGCGUGCUGGCCCAGAUCCUGCAGGCGGUCGACCCCAAGUCUGACGGCGCCGCGCGCGAUUGGGUCGCCAUAUAUGACGAGUGCUCCCGCAUCCUCUACCAGGAGAUUGACUACGAGCUCGAGGGCAAGAACGCAGACCGCUUCCGCGUGAACUUCCAGAACACGCCCUGGAUCAAGGUGCCCAAGGUGCUGUGGAAGUACACAGCGCAGCAGGUGUUGACGAUGGAGUAUGCGCCGGGAGUGAAGAUCAACCGCACGGCCGAGAUUGAGCGCAUGGGCGUAGACCGCAAGGAACUCGCCCGCCGCACCGUCGAGUGCUACCUCCAGCAGCUCCUCACCUACGGCUUCUUCCACGCCGACCCGCACCCGGGCAACAUAGCAGUGGACGCGGAGGGCGGCGGCCGCCUUAUCUACUACGACUUUGGCAUGAUGGGCACAAUCCCCGGCGAUGUGCGCGCUGGGCUGCUCGAGCUCUUCUAUGGGGUCUACCAGAAAGACCCCGACCGCUGCAUCGAGGCGCUCAUUUCCAUGGGUGUCCUGGUUCCCGGUGGUGAUCGCGUGGCCGUCCGCCGCACGGCUGUGUUCUUUCUCAAGUCCUUCGAGGAGCGGUUGCAGCAGCAGAAAGAGGAGGCCAAGAAUAACCCAGAGUACGGCGCCACCUUCAAAAAUCAGCUGAGUAAGGACGAGAAGAAGGUCCGCCGUAAGCAGAUCCUCGCCAAUAUAGGUGAGGAUCUGCUGGUGGCGUCGGCGGACAAGCCGUUCCGUUUCCCGGCCACGUUCACGUUUGUUGUGCGCUCCUUCACCGUGCUGGACGGCAUCGGCAAGGGGCUGGACCCGCGCUUUGACAUCAGCGAGAUCGCUGCGCCGUACGCGCGUUCCCUCAUCCUGGAGGCCAAGCCCCAGUUUGCCAAGCUGCAGCAGGACUUCAACAAACGCCUCGCCACCCAGAACCGGGCGGUGGUGAACCUGUUCCGGGGCCCCAACAUGAUCGAGGACGUGGCGGUCACCAUGCGGCGGCUGGAGGACGGAGACCUGAAGCUGCGCGUGCGCGCUCUCGACGCCGAACGCGCCCUCACCCGCGUCCUGGCCAACCAGAACAUGAUGUCAUCGAUGCUCCUGGCGGGCACCAUGAUGAACAUCGGCACACUCUUCUCAGUGUCGGCCAUGGCCUCAGCCGCCACCGCCUCAUUUGUGGGCGCCUCUGUGUUCGGCUUCUUCUCCCUCGUCAACUUCCUCAAGGUGAAGAACCUGGAGAAGAAGGAGGCUCAGCUUCUGGGCGCAUGA